AUGGAGGGCGUGUGCCCAGCGGGCGCGCGAAAGCUCCCAGCCGGAGACUUGUUUCAUGCCGCCGUGUCUGGAGAUCCUGAGUGGCUGUGUUUAAGUCUGGAGAGAGUGCAGUCACCAAGUCAGCAGCAGAAUAAACAGGGUCUUACAGUGCUCCACGUGGCUGCUCAACAUGGUCAGCUAAAUUGCUUGAAACUGCUUCUGGAAUCUUGUACUGUGGAAGUGAAUGCAUGCUGUCCGCAUGGCCGGAGACCGCUACACAUGGUGCUGAGCCCAGAGAGCAAGCCAAACUCUUACUGCUGCCUCACAUAUCUGCUGGAACAUGGAGCAGAACCCAAUGUUUCCACAGACGAAGGACUGACCCCACUGCACCUGGCAGCAGCUGAAGGCCUGAGAGAGUGUGUUGAAGCUCUGGUUAGGGUUGGAGCAGACACACACGCACGUGAUAGCCGAGGACACACACCCCUCGAGUACGCUUGCCUGUGGGGUCACAGGGUUGUUGCCAGAGAUAAGAAGACAGACAUGGAGAAACGCAAAGAACUGCAGAGUCUCAAACAGAAUAUGAUCAGGAUGCACAGGAAAGCAGAGGGAAUGCAGAAGUUAGCCAGAGAGGCCAUUAACAAACAGAAGGUGUCAGAGUGGGCUGAGAGUAAAGGUCUUCCCUGUCUCAGGUCUCCUACAACAGGCUUGUGGACAUUAAGCCAUCACUGUUGCCAUUCUGCCAAGCCUGUCAAAAAACACCAUGCAACUGAAUCAAGAGACAUGUGGAACAUCUCACCCAACCCGUCAAGACCUCCUCCAGCAAACAUCAGCAGAUCUAAGACAGUGAGAAUUGGUGUCCAUCCAGAAGAAGAAGCAGAUGAGCCUGAUCUACGCCAGAGUGUGACCCUGCAUUGUUUUGGAAAUGGGCACAUCCAUUGCACUACAUCUUGGGAUGAUAUUCCACAGCAAUUACCUGACCUGCCACUGGAUGUCAUUCAGAAAGACCUGUUUCCAUCUGAAUUUCCCUCUCGAAUUUCUGGUCCACUUCAACUCCAGUGCAGCAGCGUGCUGGAUUUGUCUCACCGAGGAGGUACUCGUGGAAAUGAAGCUUCUCCCUGGACUGAAGUGGCAAUGCAUCUGGCUGAAGAGCUCCAGCCUGGCCAUUACUGAACACUACAAUCACUGGCCUGAUUGAACAGAGUUGGGAUGGUCAAUCCACAUAUAGCCAAAACGAUACAACAUAGUACAUACCCAGUCCUUUUAGAUAUUCUAUGAAGACAAAUGACAUGGACAAAAAAAAAAAAAAAAGCUUAUUGUCAAAAUAAAAUAUAUUUGUUUGUCCUUUUAAUAAAGGAAUUUAUCACCUUAAUAAAAGUAAACUACAGUGUUUCUAGGCUGACAAGAAGCACAUACUAUGCAAAAGUUUGAACUAGAAAAUGGCAAAGUUCUUAUGCCUAUCUGACAGUAAGAAAUAUUCCAAUUAUAGUCUAAGUGAAAUGCAUGCAUAAAUUUCUAGUAAAAAGCUCUGAGUGUAAAAAAAAAAGUGUAAACUAAAGAACAUCAUUCACUAUGACCUACAAAUCAAUUUUAUGCUUUGAGAUGGCUGUGCUGUUUGCUGUCAGAAUUACCCGACAGAUGUUGUAAGAUUUAUUUCCUAGACAGGGGAUAGACACCAGUUCUGUUUGCCCACUGUCCUUUUUUCAGUUGAUUUUUCCUCCUCUUCUAACACCAUAUUCUGUACAUGACGACCUUGGUAAUUAGCAUAUGAUUUUAAUCAUUUGCAUUGUCUAAACUGUGUAAAUGUAGAACUAUCAUAUGCAUAACUGUCAGCAAUGAGGCUUAAUAAAUACCAAUUUUUCAAAAAUCAUUCUCCAACUUCGUUGGUACACAAAUGUAAUACAGUAAUAUUGAUAUUAAUAGAAAUCGAGCAUAACCACACACUUGUUUGUAUUCAGCACUAACUACUUUCACAGUCUUUGUCUUUCACUACUUGGUGCCUUGCAUACGGAUGAUCAAAACUGUCUGUAAAUACCGUAUAUGCACAAAUUUAAGCAUAGAUUUGUUUUGAUAAUUGCACUGAAAAGUUUUGACUGCCCCCGUCACAUCUAGCUUGUUCAUUAAGAACGUAAAUCUACACUUGGAUUUCUGUAAAGCUGAAUUUUUAAAAAAAAAAUUCAAAUAGAAUUGAAUUCACACAGAUGCACAGUAGAUUUGCUUGUAUCUUUCUCAUUUGUAAGUCGCUUUGGAUAAAAG